AUGUCCUCCUACAGCACAGAGACAUCCAGGAGCGCCGAUGCGCGGAUUGCUGAAAGAGCUGGCGCCGGCUCGUCAGUUGCUUUGAUCGUGCCAACACUUCUGAAGAACAUGAUCGGUGCUGGGAUCUUCAGUCUGCCGGUGGGAUUGCGGCAUGCAAGCCCAAUUCCUGGUCUGAUAGUUUUGGGCACCAUUGGCGUUCUCAGUGCCAGCUCCUACUGGAUGAUAGGCUACUGCUGUAUCUCUUGCAGUGUGAAGUCCUUUCGCGACCUCUGGAAUAUGGUUCUGGGCCCAAAAUCAGCAUGGAUCAUCGACGUUACUAUUUUCCUGAAUGGCUGGAUUACUUUGAUUUGCUACAUUAUUCUGAUUGGGGACUUUACUACGAAGUCCUUCGAGGGAUUGCUUGGGGCUGAUCACAUUUUAGCAAGGAACCGUGCUUUGAAUGAGACCGUCAUUACAGUAUUUGUUCUGCUGCCUUUGUCUUUGGCCAAAGAUCUCCAACGCUUGGCCUAUACAUCAAUUCUUGGUCUUGGCGUUUUGGUUUACGUGCUAUUUCUUGUCAUUCAUGACUCUAUCUUGAACAGCCCUGCAGAGAUCAGCCAAGACGUGCCCUUAUGUGAGUGGAGUUUUGGCAUUUUUGAAGCGAUCGCCCUGUACUGUCAUGCCUUUGUGGCCCACUACAAUGCACCCAAAGUCUUCUCGGAGCUGGCGAAUCCAACGCUUUGGCGUUGGACCCUGCUUGUUGGAAUUGCUUACUCUGUGGCAUUUGUGGUCUAUGCUGAAUUUGCAUGGGCUGGAUUUCGACGUUUUGAGUGGUCAGUUGAGGGGAACGUCUUGAAAAACUAUGGUCCACAGCUGAACAUUCUCAUUGCGUGGUUGGGGAUGGGCUUUUCGAUCGCGUUUACAUAUCCGCUAGUCUUCAACUCAGCCCGCGAGGCUGCAAUAAAUUUGACUCUGAUGGCAAGGCAGCAAAUGUCGGCCCUUCCACUUCUGCAUCGGGUGAUGAAUGCACCAAGAUUUCAGCAGCUCCGACAUGGCUCCCUAGGGAGCUCAUGGCAGCGCCGAUCGGCACAGUUGACUGGCCUCCUGGGGCCUAGUCCAGACUCACCGAACCACAAGUUAUCUCAAAAGCCAGGCACAAAGACAACCUUUCUACUCGUCUUUCUUACGUAUGCUGUUGCAGUGCGAUGUGAAGAUGUUGGUGUGGUGAAUGCCCUUGCUGGGUCAGUCAUGGGUUGCAUGGUAUGCCUCGUGCUGCCCGGACUUCUUUUCUUCAAUACUGCGCGAAUGCAGCAGAGGUCGAGGGUUCAGACAGGUCGAGGCUUGCAAGAAGCGCUCUUGCCAAAAGGACUCGCGAAGGUGACUGUGUCCCAAACAACUUUGCUGGUGGCGCAAUUUGCUGGGUCCAGUCAGUCCUUUGGAGAUGCUGACAAGCAGCUCCGGACUGUUAACAGUCUCGCCGUAUGCAGUGCCACAGGUAGGCAGGCUUUCUACUUUUCGCGAGCAGCAGCGCACGUGGAAUGCCAGGAGGCAUUAUGCUGUCAGGAUCCCGGUUCAGAGGCAAGCAGAAGUCGAAGCUUUGAACUGCAGCGACGCAUCACCUUCUACAACACCAUGCUUGGAAGUCAGCAGGUAGAGGAGCAAUAUCUGAAUUCUCGAUACCAGCGGGAGAAGAAGCCUCCACCACAGCAACUUGCCCUCAGUGCAGGCGGAGAUUUGGUGCACCUGCUUCGUGCUUUUGUGAUUGGAUUGGAAGGUGCAUGCAAGAGCAUCGGCCUUGACCUCAUUUGCAGCGGUUUGUUGAUUCCACUUGGGAUCAAAACCUUGGAUGUCGGUUCUCAGAUGCUGAUGCUAAUUUUGGAGAAACGCGAUGCCCAGACCUACCGGCUGACUGUGAUCAAUUCUGGAAUGCCUGGUCUGGACUGGCAUGCCUGUUCUUCUGCUGAACCUCCCAAAUUCAAGAGCCAGGCUGCCUUGGCAUUUGACAACAUCCCGAGCUGGAAAGCUGAAGAUGAUGCAUUUUGGGCAAUGCUGGUCAUUACCUCUGCUAUACCUCCAAGUCCGAUGAUGGCGAAGGAGCCUCUUCCUCUGUAUGACAAAUUCAUUCCCUGGCUCAUCGGCUGUCCCCUGGAGCACUACUUCGUGACAAAUGUGUACGGGUUUGAUGGGCAGGUGCCAGAACAGGAGCAAUGCCAAGCUGGCCAGGACCUCCGCACACCGCAGUAUGGUGGCACUGGUGCGUGGAGAUGUAUGACAUUUGCAUUGCGUUUCCUACUGAGAGACGCAGGUUUGCCAGUAGUCAGCGCCAAGUUCAUGAAAUGGCAUUUGCGAAGGUCAUUCCUGAAGCUUGCCAUCAAGGACCUGUCCUCUGCGAGAGCACUUUCCACCUCUGAGCGAACUGUGUUGAGGAUUGCAGCCAAGCAAUUCGCACUUGGAGCGGUGAAGGUGAGCAAUCGGUUGACUCAUGAUGCUCCGGACAUGGCCAUGGCUGCAGAAAGGCUUUUGGGUGAUGCUCGAUCAGUCGUGUCCGAAUUGGAAGCAGCCGUGAAUGCCAAGCCAGGUGCACACCACGUAUGGAACGAUCCAUCAGUGUUGCCAGUACUGGACCUCCAAAGUGGUGCGGAGGAGCAAGAAGCAGAAGCUUGGGGACUACAUCCUUUUUUCGAAAGGCUCUUGCGCACAGAUGUGAGCCCUGGAGCUGCAACAGGGGUGCCUCUGUUGGUGCCCAUCAAUUUAUUGCAAGUUCCCACUGUCGUGAACGACCUGGAUGAGGUUCACAGAACCUUACAACUCUGUGAGAUCCUGUGCGCCAAGCUGGCCUUUGUAGGCAAAGAGCGCUGCAAGUUCUCGCCCUAUCUGCGAGUGUCCCUCCUGCAACAUGUCUUUACAGAGCUGAUCCCGCUUCCUUUGGGCCCAGCAACUCAGAAGGCACCUUUGAACUUGCGGGACAGCAUUUGGGCACCUGAAGGUUGGGACGCUGUCCAUCCGCAGAUGACCCGGGCUUGUCAACUGGAACUUCUAUUGAUUCUCCGGCGUUUGGCAGAGCACUUUGCCGCAGCGGCCUGCACGCUUGCAUCGAACAAAGGAUUCGAUGCGACCAAAAUCACCGUAUUUGGUGCAAUAGCUGCCAUUGCUGACCGGGUUGCCCGAACCCCUGCUCGAAGAUCCAGAGACACCGGAGCAGAAGAGGGUCCGUCAGCGCUCACUGAAGCAUUGAACGGAACCCUUGGGGGCCGACCAGUGGCUGUUGACCCCAACACUUUCCUGGUACAGUCUGAGACAAUUGAGACUGCGGCGCCAGAACUGAAUUUGGCUCGCACAGCAAUUUGUGCAUACUUUUGUGAAGUGAUGGGCCACUAUGAGAUCAAGAAACUCAAGGAUGAGACCCUGUUCGACUGGGAUACCUAUGGAUGGAUGAUGUACGUGGAGAGGGAGAAAGGUCUUGAGAGAGUUGUGAAGCAAAUGUGUGCGAAGCAUCUCCUGGAGACUGGCAAGGACUGGGGAAAGCUCGUGGCUGGCAAUCAGUCGGAAAAUGCAUACCUGGUCCGAACUUGGCCAGAGUUUGCAGCUCUGCGAGACAUCAUGUUCUUCUGGAAAUACUUUCUAUGCACAGAUCUACGGGUUUUCCCUGACACGAACAAUUGGUCUUUGCAGGCAGCUUAUCUUGCUUGGAAUGUGGCCAACGAAAAUGAAGUCUUUGGGCCACCAACGAACCGUGGUGCAAUUUUCCAAGUUUCUGCCUUUGGUCAGGAUCAUGUCUUGAAGACCAAUGAACCGAACUACAGGCCUAAGCCAUCUGCGAGUGGCCACCGCUAUGCCAGCGCAGCAUUGGCCUCCAAGUACACUGGUCGAGCUGUUGUCCGCACAGAGGAUGAUCUGUACUUGCCUUUCUAUCCCUUUUUUUUCUUGUUUGAGAGAAAUUGGCUUGGCUCUAUUUGCCUAGCUUGCCUAGUUUGCCUUGUACUCGGAUCCCAAAGCAGGCAAGAUUCAGCUACUGAGGCUCUACCUGCGCUCUUUGCCCACAUUUGA